GUGGAUCCUGAGCCCGUGGCGCAUCAAUCACCGUUUUGAUGUUCAUCACCCUCGUCACGGGAGUGAAAAGGGUAUGCUUGGAAAAGAAAUUCAAUUUAUAAAAAUGUUGACAGAUGUCAUUUUUUAAUUGAGUCGGACCCUUUCUUUCGGAGGCUCAAGCAUCAUUUUCCUUUUCCUUUGCCCUAGAAGUUCAUUUUUCAUGCGCGGUUCAGUUGAGGAACAUAAAAGCAGAGGAAGUUCAUUCCAAUUUCCAAUUGCCGCUCAAGCAUUUUGGAGCUUCAAAAUCAAAUGGGGUUUGCCCAAACAUUCGAUUUUCUGGGUAAAGUCUCGGUCUUUCGCUUCCUCUGACUGUGUACUUGUUGCUGUGGCCAGGUUAAGAGUUCUAGAAUUCUAUUACUUACUUACUCUUCACAUUCCUAAACUGAGUUUAUUUGACACUUUGGAGUAUAUAGAUUUCUUGAGUUUGUUUAUGUUCACAUCAUGUCUAACAAUACCAACUCCUCCUCCUCAAAAACUCAACCCACUUUCUUGAAUCCUCCUAAUCCUAACCCCCAACAUUUCUCGAAAAGCAAUGGUGUGGGCAAUCACCAAGGCCAAAACUUGAUGCCCCCUUUUAUGCAGCCACCCAUGAAUGCAGCACCUUUCAUGAAUGCUGCAAAUCACAAUCAUUUUCCCUUGCAUAUGCCUCAUAUGGGUUUGCCUGGUCAUCAACAGGGUCAACCACAUGUGGGGGGUUUAGGUCCCCAAAACAGUGUUGGCAAUGCCAAUUACAACAAUCCAAUGUUUCCUCCUGUUCAGGGACAAGUCAUGCAGAAUCAAGCUCAAUUCAAUUUGUCUCCACUCCAGGGACAAUUUUUAGCACAAAGUAUUCUCAACAUGCUUCAGCAGCCCAACAUGAAUAUGAGUAUGCCAAAUGGCCAGUUUUGUGGCCCUUACCUUAUGCAGAAUAUGAAUCCGCAGUUACCUAUGCAAAUGCCAAACCCUUCUCAGGGGGUUCCGUAUGGUAUGCAUCCUGGUUCCUGCCCCAUGUUCGGGUUUCCAAACCAAGUGCCUCAGGCUAUGGUCCCUCAGAAUUCAAUGUUUUCCACAAAUCCCCAGUUAGGUUUUGUGCCCGGAAAUCAGGUCCGGCCACAGAUUGACCCAAACGAGAAAAACCUUAAUCCACCAAACGUUAGUGCAAAUUCUUUUGUAUCAUCAUCCCCUUUUUCGUCUCAGCAGUUACAAGGGAAUACUUCUGGAUCACUUAAUCCUAAUUUGGCUCACACAAAUAACUCUCAACCUCCUGCAUUUAUGAAACAGGAAAAACCUAAUAGCAAUAUUAAAACUAAUGUUCCAAACUCUAAUUGGAAAGGAUCACCUAGCAAAAACUUCAAAAAUAAACCAAAUCGAGGGGGGUUUCAAGCAGGAUUCCAGAAGUCGAAAUUUCAUGAUGUCAACAAUGGAAAGAAGGGAAGUGGGUUUCCUAUAGAACAUAAUGGCAAAGGGCCUAACAGUGGGAGGGGAGGACACUAUGGUUUAAAACCAAAGGAACAUAAGCAGCAACCAGAAAGAUCCUUGUCUGUGACUUACACUGUGCAAGAGAUCCAACAGUGGCGUGAAGCACGGAAAAAGAAUCAUCCUUUCAAUAACAACAUUCAGAAGAAGCACAGUGAACACCCAAAAGACAGGAAGGCCAUUAAUAGGGAGGUCUUACAAAGAGAGCUCAAGGAGGUGUUAGCGAAGCAAGCUGAAUUGGGAGUUGAAGUUGCUGAAAUACCAUCAUACUACUUGAAGAAUUCUGACAAUCAAGCUCUUCAGAGUGAAGGGAAAAACAAAUUUACUGACAAAAGAAAAUUCCAAAACAAGUUCAACAAGAAAUCAGACAGAAAAGGUAGGUUCGCCAAGAGGCAGAAGUUUGAUGACAAAGAUUUUUCAGAAAGCCCCUCUUUGAAGAAGAGGAAGCCUACAUUAUUGCAGAAACUCCUGAGUUCAGAUGUAAAGAGGGAUAAGAGCCACCUGAUUCAGGUUUUCAGGUUCAUGGUAAUGAAUUCUUUCUUCAAACAUUGUCUUGAUAAGCCGCUGAGAUAUCCGUUGGUCGUGGUUAAAGAAAAGGGGUCUGAAGUUGAUGGUGAAGAAAAAUACUUGCACACCGGAAAAGAUGUUCUUAAAGGAGGGAAUGAGGAAACAGUUCAAAAAAUUGUGACCUUCAAUAAUGAUAAUAGCCAUGAUUGUGAAGAUGAAGAUAGUGAUGAUGACGAGAAUGAUUCUAUUGUUGAUAAUAAUCUUCAUAAAGAUCCUUCUUCCUUGGUUAAAAGACAGUGUGAUAGUGGCGAAGGAAUUGGGAAAUUUGAUGAAGAGGAGGGAGAAAUUAUAGAAUGAAAUUCCAAGGUUGCUCUCUCUAUUUUUGCAGCAAAGUUUUUUAAUACUGUGAUGGUAACAUUUUCUGUUAAAUCAAUUUUUGUUUCUAUCGUUGUUUUACUAGUAUACAUAUGAUGUUACAGUAAAUAUUUUUUUCAGCGAAGCUUUUGAAUACUAAUAGUUAUACUUGGGCAGGGCACGUCUUAGAUUAGGGACAGUUUAAUUAUAAUAUUAAUAGAUGUUUUGACGCUGUGACAUGCCUCAAUGUUAUAUUAGGAUUUCUCUCAGAACUUGUAUUUGCCACUUAUUAAAGAAGCAACAACCAUGCCGAUGGGUUUUUCCUAUUUGCGCAUUUGAAUGAA